AUGAAUGCCUUCCGGCGACAAGUAGAUGAAAGCCACCCUUUGCUACCUGGAUAUACAGGCUACAUUCCUCUUAGAUUUUACCGAAUUGGAACCAGCUAUGGAAAUGAUUCUGUUUGGUGUGUCAACACAUUUCGUGAUGCAACUCAGCGGAGAAAUGACCAAAUGAAUGAAUUGAGAUGUAUAGCAGCUACAGACCCACAGCUACCACCCAUCUGCUCCAAUGAAGAUACAUUAAAUGUACUUGAUGACUAUAAUUACAAACAUCAUCCCAAUAUGCUGGGACCUGUAGAAACAAGAAGGGAUCUGCUGGAGCCACCCAUACCAGGAUGGACUGGCUUUGUGCCCAGGUCAAAGGUCACAGAAUUUGGUCAUGGAGUACGCUAUCAUACCAUGGCAGAAAAUUGCUACCAAGAUUUUAAGAAUUCUUUGGAUAGGGUUCAGCGUGAUUAUACUAUCCAGCAACCCAUUAAAGAAAUAAUAAUAACCAAACCCAAAGAACCUCAUCCACACCAGCGAUUCUAUAGACCAGAAGGAAUGUUACCCAAGUAUACAGGACACAUUCCACAUGAACGUUCUGGCAUUGGAAAAACCUUUGGGAAUGUGUGCAGAAGCUGUUCUGUUUGUAAUCACUCUGAUGUGAGUUAUGGAGCUUAUCUUAAGAAGAAGCACAAGGCUGAAGCAGUUCAAGAGUCUAUCAAGGAAGAUGAGAAAGCCUUACCUGCUUCAUGUUUCGAAAAUGAAAGUAGACAAUAA